ACAGUGUUUAUGUUCUGUGUUGUGUUUAUUUGUGUUGUUAAAUAGUGCGCAAUAGAUAUCGAAAGGUAAAAUCGGGGAUUUUUCUAAUCGUUUUAACACACAAAGACGAAGCCUAACAAGCGAAAAUUGGCAGUGGCACUUUAAAACCAUCCGAAAUGGGGCCUAAAAACAAAGAUUUGGAGAUCAUCUACAGCUUAAAAUGGAAAAAUAAAUCGGGCAAUGGUGGUGACAAGGCAAAUAUUAUCGGGAUGUAUGACAUCCCAGCGACGACACUGAAAUGGGAAGUAUUCAAAUCAUACUUGUUAAAAAACUCCGGCACUGUGGGCGAGGAUGUGAAAGUGUCCUAUAUUACGGACAGCAACAGAGAGUUCCCGAUUGAGUCGCAAACCGAUUUCGAGAUCGCCCUUUACGCGUUCAGACGUAAAGGCAGGAUGGGCGACGUGGUCAAUCUGAAACUGGACAGGAUUUCCGAUCCGCAGCAGCGCGUUCCGAGCACCAGGCAUUCGAACUCCAACGAUGUCGAGACUCAGUUCGAUACCGAAGCCGUUUCCAUCGUGUCGUCCUGUUGCAAUUCGGAAAAUCCGCCCGAAUGGUUCAUUUCCUACAUGAAUAAGUUCAAGAAGAACAUGACAGAAGAAAUCAACACGGCUAUAUCGAGUGCUCUAUCGAACAUCAAAACCCACAGUGUUAGCCAGCCAUCUUGCUAUCAUUCAAGGAAAACCAAAUCAGAAAAUUCAAAACGAAGAAAACUUCAAUUGCUUACCGGCGAUGGCCCGCACGAGUCCACCAAAGACUUGAUAAAAUCCCUGAAGUUGGAGAACAAGCUCGAGCAGAAGCUGGAGAAGCUCGAAAACAAGUCGAAGAAAUGGAAGGAGAAGAAGCUGGCGCUCGUGUCGAAAUCCAGCGACAGCGACGUCGCCGUCUGUUCCAACGCGAAGCGUCGCCAGAGCGUCCCCUGCGAGGGCGACGACUACGUCCUGCAAAUGAACGCCACACCGGUCAACACCCAAGAGAUCGUACCGCACAUGUUGGGCGGCGAAAUUUACCUGCACCAGUGGAAGGUGAUCAAUUCGGGAAAAUUACAGUGGAACAGCGACACUAACUUAAUGUUCACCUGGGGCUCCAAGGCGCUCAAAGCUUUGGACACGCUCGUGCCCGUGCCCCAUUUGAAAUCCGGCGAAACCGGAACCAUAUCCGUUCGUCUACAAAUACCACACUGUCCGGGUCAAUACGAAUGCUACUUCCACUUCCACCACAAGAACCGCAGGUUCGGCCAGUGGCUCGGUUGCCAGGUCAUCGUCGACCCUUUCGACUUGAAGGGCAACAAGUGCGUACUGGACACGUCCUACGGCUCGACCUUCAACGUAUCAUCGAAGGAAACAUCCGCCAUCGAGGAUUUCAACAUUUCCAAUCCGGUGACGCGCUACGACGCCAUCUGGAAGGGCAACGACGCCGGCGCGCACUCGCCGACCGGCUACUCGUUCAAUCUCAACGACGGCGUCGCCAACAAAACCGAUCUGUUCGACGAGCAAGCGGGCGGCUUGCCCAUGGAGAAGGUGGUGCGCGAAUUGAGUUCCAGAGUCGAAGAUAUGAAGCUGCAGGAUCCCACCGACACCAAUUGCAGCAGCGAUUCCGAUAAUCAAAGCAUCGUGUCGUUGUCUGAGAGUAACUCGUCGAAGGGUAUCCAGGCGGAGUUCGUGGUGGUUCCGGUACCGGAUUGCUUCAAAUUAGACGAACCGUUGACUCCUAAAAAGGUAGAUUUAAUUGACAAUGGUUCCUGCGAGGCUGCCUCCAAGUCGAUUGUGACCGGAGCGUCUGAGGGAAGUUCUGUCAAAAGCCAAGAGGAAAAGCCUGUGGGUACUAUCGAGGCUGAAAAAAGCCAGGAAAAUUUCGACGACAAUAAUAACGAGGAUACCAAAAAUAAUUCCGAAUUGGAAAAGGACGAGUUUCAGGAUGCCAUUUCGCAAUCGCCUAACAAAUCCGAUAUUGUCAUGAUAACUCUACCGGAAGCUAAUCAAGACAAUCAAGAGUACGCGUGCGUGAUGGUCGACGGGCAAAAAGUGAUGAUUCCCAAGCAAAUGAUAAAAUCCGAGUAUUUACCGGCGGCGAAAUCGAGCGAUGGCGAUGAAAAGUCGAUGCGAUCGGGGAGUUCCAGUCCGUUCGCCGAAGUCAGAUACGAAAAGGACGACGGGCAAACCAAAAUAAUCGAAAAUUCCGCGACGACGUCUCGCGAAGCCUCCGAACAGCCGGCUCAAUUCGACGAAGUCUACCUGAAUUCGCAUUGCUCUGCGGCGGGAUCGUGCUUCUCCGAGGCGAACGCGGACAAAAACACCAGAUUGUUUAUAUUCCCGCAGGCUUGUCCGGGCUACGAGGUGAUACAAGGCACCGACGCCGUCGAAUUGGACGCGAACGAAUACGAUUGGACCAAAUCCGACUCGCAUUAUGCUUAUUGUACAGAAACGAAGGACGCCCUGAAAUCGACGCUGUCGAAUCCCCAAUCGUCGGCCAACAACAAUCCGUUUACCAACGGUAGCGGCAUUCCGCACGUGCCCAAUUUCCAGCAAACGCCGCUGGAGGAGCGCCGCGUACCGUCCGCGGAGGAGAUUCGUAUGGCUUUCGAAGAGAACGCCGCUACACUAGAGAACUCAAAAUCGGUGAAUUGCAACACGUUCAUCGACGGCGAGUCCGCGCCCCAACCGUCUGCGCCCGUUCCGGAGACGCGAUCCGAAGGUACCUCCACUGCUCGACCGGUGGUGCACAUUUUGCCGGAAGGUUUGGUCAAUGGAGCCGUAAGUGUGGCGAGAUCUGUGAUGAAUAGAAUUGUGCCUCAACAACCCGGUAGAUGGGUGAACGGCCAUUGGGUGAGCACCGACCCAAGAUCGACGCGCGAAGCCAAUCUGCAAGCACUGGCCGAAAUGGGCUUCUGGAACAGGGAUUUAAACGCUACACUUCUAGCCAGAUACAGCGACGAUUUGUCGAGGGUCGUCGGCGAGCUCGUGCAGUAAACUGACCGAUGACGGAUACUCGAUUUUCUUCAGCACAGGGAUUAACAUCUAAAAGCACCGUUCGGUUGUAUUCGAGCCGGUAGAUGUGAUAGAUCGACUGCCGAACGGUAAUUUGUUUCGACUAGAGUUCUGGGACCGUUCUGGAUGUUUGUACGGAACGGUUCCGAACGCAAUGCUGUAUUUUCCUUGCUAAUAUCACCUCUUAAAUAAUCGCUAUUUUUACCCGCUUACUUUUGUAUCAUAAUUUUUAAUAAACGAUUGGUUUGAGGAGAUAUUGUUCGUGUACUAUUCAAUAGUUAAUUGACAUUGCUUCGUGCAUUUGUCCGUUUAAAUUAAUAAUUUCUUAGGACUUGAUAAUUCCUUAUUACACUUAACUGUUA